CUUCAUCUCAUCAGAUGCACGAAAGCCGUCCUCAAACCCAACCCCCAAAAGGUGUCAGCGGCCAUGUUUGCUACUCUUCUUCUCUUAGAUUGUUCUCACGAAUCGAACAGCUGUCAGUUCCGGCAUCGGAACGCCCAAGCAAGUGUGGAAAGCCAUGCUUCGGGCCAACAAGAAAGAGGUGGAAACGAUUUGACCUUGACGGAUCUGCAUGAGCAAGUGCUUGGCAGAUUGCUGAAUUGCAAGAGGUGUGGGUUGUCCCGUCAAGGUCGCGAGAGGGGGCAUCAAGAUGAUUUACUUCCGUGGUGUGGAAUUAUUUCCCCCAACCCUACAGGACAUGGUCCAGUACAGAUGGUAUCUGGAUAUAAUACGUUCAUCAUGCAGUUCCUUUCUGAUUCUACUCUUUCCUUUUCUCCGGCGUUUCACGUACAAGGACAGCGGUUGGGCAAACAUACAUUCAAAUUACAUAAGAAGUUCUACCUGAACGGCAAGUGCUGCAUGCAUCUUACGUUUCGCGAUGCUAUCUACAGCUAUCACGGUGGACAGAUCCGUGGGUAUUGGUCUUCUGGUCCUCGGGUGAUUGUUAUCAGAUCGCACUUGUGCAAGCCUUUGCUUCUAGCGUGAAGCUUAAUCCGUUAUCUGAUCACGCUAGGGCGGUGGGGUUAGACUUCAAGGAAGCUUUGAUUCACCUUGGUCAUCAGAUAGCCAAUCAGUUGGUUGAUCCAGGCGGUGAAGUGGGGUCUACAUGGCCUCGCCAACUUCUGGAAUCUUGAAGCAGAAUCUAACAUCUUGGCAUUGUUCCCGUCUUUUCUUUCUUCCAUCCACCUGUCGAAUUUCCAUGGUGGCUUGAUGACAGUCCGUCUUAUUGUCUUCUUCUACUUCUGGUGUUGAAGUUCACAA